AUGGCUGUCGCUUCUCCUCUUAAAAAUAAUGAUGAAGGUUCAUUGGAUAUAUAUGCUGGGUUGGACAGUGCUGUUUCUGACAGUACUUCUAAAUCCUGUGUACCAUCCAGAAAUUGUCUGGAUUUAUAUGAAGAGAUCCUGACUGAAGAAGGAACUGCAAAGGAGGCAACAUAUAAUGAUUUACAGGUACAAUACGGAAAAUGUCAGCUGCAAAUGAAAGAGCUGAUGAAAAAGUUUAAGGAAAUACAGACACAGAAUUUCAGCUUAAAAAAUGAAAACCAGUCUCUUAAGAAGAAUAUUUCAGCACUUAUCAAAACUGCCAGAGUGGAAAUAAACCGCAAGGAUGAAGAAAUAAAUAAUCUUCACCAGAGAUUGUCUGAGUUUCCACAUUUUCGAAAGAAUCAUAAAACUACAAGGACAUCAGAUACAAUUAAAACAAAAGAUUUUCAGUCUAGAUCUCCCCAUUUGGAAGACUGUUCAAAGACUGAUCACAGAGUUAAAAGUGAUGUUUCUAAAGAUGUACAUCAUAGCACUUCACUACCAAACCUGGAAAAGGAAGGAAAAUCACGUUGUGAAAAAAAGAGCACUUCGCAUUUACCUACAUCUGUUGACAAACACUGCACAAACAGUGUUUGGUCACGUUCACAUUAUCAGGUUGGUGAGGGUAACUCAAAUGAGGAUAAUAGAAGAGGGAGAAAAGAUAUUAGACAUAGCCAGUAUAGCAGAGGAACUGACAGAAUGCGAAAAGACUUAAAUACUAGCUAUGGUGAUGGUGAACCAAGGAACAUGGAGGGUAGUCAGAGGUUACAAGGACGUCCUCAGAAAUAUGGUAAAAGUGAACCAAAGACUGAAAGCAAAAAUUUAAAGUUUAAAAGUAACAUAGAUUUGGAUUAUAAAAGUGAACAUAUUAGCUCUUCGUGGGAGAAAGAAACCUCUAGAGAAAGGUUACACACUCAAGUAGAAUGUCCAAGUGACAAAAAACUAGAAAGACAAAGUGAAAGAUCACAAAAUAUAAAUAGAAAAGAACUUAAAUCACAAGAUAAAGAAGAAAGAAAAGUUGAUCAAAAACCUAAGUCAGUAGUAAAGGACCAGGAUCAUUGGAGAAGAACAUCCAAUGAACGAGCAUCACUUCCUCAUUCCAAGAAUGAAAUAACAAAAUCUUGUCAUAAUUCAAGUAAAUACCAUCUAGAAGAGAGAAGAGGAAGGGAAGAUUGUAAAAGAGACAGGGGUGUAAGAAAUCACAGUUUUCAAGAUGGAAGAUGUCCAUCUUCUCUUUCAAGCAGUAGAACUCACAAACACAUUGACUCCAGGGAAGUUGAGGCUGUGCACCAAUGGGAAAAUAUACCUUUAAAAGCAGAAAGGCAUAGAACUGAAGAUAAGAGGGAAAGAGAACGAGAAAGCAAAGAAGAAAAUAGGCAUAUGAGAAAUAAAAGAAAAAUACCUGUGGAACAUUUACAGAAGACUAAUAAAGAAACUAAGAAAACCAGUGUUGAUUUAAAUAGACAAAAUGAGCAAAAAAAUGAUAAAGGUAAAGUCCCUAAUGAAGUUUCUGAAGGAACAGAUAAUAAAGAGCCCACAGUGAAUGCUGAGAGUGGUCCAAAUGAAAUAAAAAACAAAGACUUAAAGUUGAGUUUUAUGGAAAAAUUGAAUUUAACUCUUUCUCCUGCUAAAAAGCAGCCUGUUUCUCAGAAUAAUCAGCAUAAAAUAACUGAUACUCCCAAGUCCAGUGGUGUAUGUGAUCUGGAGUCCUCUGUGCAAGCUAAGACAGUGACAUGUGUUCCCUCUGUUAGUGAACAUAUCACAGAGGAAACCAAAUCAAAGUUACUAGAACCAACAGAUGCUCUUCCAAUAGCAUCUGAACCCAGGAUCAAAAUGGAAGGAGAAAAUAGUUUGUUAGUUAAAUCUGUUGAGAAUACUGUGCAUUGUGAAGUGCCCAUUUGUGGUAGAAAGACUUCAUUCUCAACACCUUUGGAAGGGGAACAAAUAGAAUCCUUGUUUCCUUCAACAGAAAUGGAACAAACUGUUAAUGAUGCAAGGGCAGCAGCUCCUGUGGUAAUGGAUGUAUGGCAAAGACAUGUUCCUCAAAACUUUGGCUCAGAAAUGGAUACCAAAAGAAAGGAUGGUUUAAAUUCUUGUAUUUCUGAAGAUAUGGAAAUGAAAGUGGCUCUUUCAACAAAGGUGGCUGAAACCAGUGAAAGCAUUUUGUAUCCUUCAAUUGAAGAAGCUGGCAUUUUGCCAAUAAUUCUUUCAGAAGAUGAUAAACCAAAAUUUGAGCCUUCUCUUGUAGAUCCGCCACUGGUUGAGAGUAAGUCUUGUCAUUUGGAGCCUUGUUUACCUAAAGAGGCUUUAGAAUCUUCACUUCAGCGGACUGAGUUAAUGGACAAUGGAAUAGAAAUUGGCGAAACAAACUCAGUAUAUCAGGAUGAUGAGAACUCGGUUUUAAGCAUUGACCUUAAUCACCUGAGACCUAUUCCAGAAGCCAUCAGUCCUCUGAAUAGUCCAGUGAGACCUGGAGCAAAAGUUCUUAGAAUGGAAAGCCCAUCUCAAGUCACUUUAUAUAGUAACAGUCAUAAAGAUGUAUUUCCACCAGAUUCAGCUCAUUCUGCCUCCAAGAGUCAGUCUGAUCUCAAUAAGGAAAAUCAAAAGCCAAUUCACAAAUCUGACAAAUGUACAGAAGCAGAGUCCUGUAAGAAUUCAUCUUUAGAUGAAUUAGAAGAAGGAGAAAUUGUAAGCGACAGUGAAAAAUCUAAACCACAAAAAAGUUUUGGAAAAAGUGCCAAGCCUAGAGCUUCAGAAGCGCAGAACACAAAGACUAACUCAAGAAGUAGGAAAAGUAUUGUGCAUUUAGAUAAAGACAAUAGGAAAACAUCUGUAAAAAUCCAUCAGACCAAUAGCAAAUGGAAUAAAAAACCAAGUGAAUCUAGCAGAUCUUCAAAAACAGAGAAGAAAGAUAAAACAAUGAACACUUCCCGCUUGGAAAAAAUAGUUCCAAUUAUUGCUGCACCCUCUUCUGUACGAGAGAUUAUGCACAUGUUACGAAUGAUAAGAAAACAUGUAAGGAAAAAUUAUAUGAAGUUCAAGGUAAAAUUUUCAUUAAUACAAUUUCAUAGAAUUAUUGAGUCAGCAAUUUUGAGUUUUACAUCACUAAUUAAACACCUAAACUUAUCCAAAAUCUCUAAGUCAGUGACCACUUUACAGAAGAAUCUCUGUGAUGUUGUAGAAUCUAAACUUAAGCAAGUUAAAAAGAAUGGCAUAGUUGAUCGUUUAUUUGAACAGCAGCUACCAGAUAUGAAAAAAAAAUUGUGGAAGUUUGUAGAUGAACAACUUGAUUAUUUGUUUGCAAAGCUUAAGAAAAUCUUAGUAAAGUUUUGUGAUUCCAUAAACUUUGGAAGUGACAGUGAUGAAGGAAAACCUGAAAAAACAAAUACAGAGAAAGGACAAUAUUCAAAUUGUCAGAAGGGGAAUGUGGGCAACUUCAACAAAGAAAUGCCAAAAGAAAAACUGCCAAAAUCAGAAAACUCUGUUCAUUAUAAGUCUUUACUGGGAUGUAAAAAAUCUGAGGAAAAGCAUCAAGACCAAAAUAACUUCAGUAUUAACAUACUAAAGCAUGACAUUAAAAAAAGUUUUAACACCUGCUUUGAUAAUAUAAAAAACUCUCAAUCUGAAGAGCACACCUUGGAACUAAACUGUCCGAGCACGCCAAAACCAGGAAAAACUGAAGGCAACACCACAGAGGAUGCACAGACCUCUCAGCAUGCAGCUUUGAAGCCAGAACGCAGUUUUGAGAUUCUUACUGAACAGCAGGCAUCUAGCCUUACUUUUAAUUUAGUGAGUGAUGCGCAGAUGGGUGAAAUAUUUAAAAGUUUGUUGCAAGGUUCUGAUCUUUUGGACAACAGUGUUAACUGUACUGAAAAAAGUGAGUGGGAGUUAAAGACUCCAGAGAAACAGCUGCUAGAGAGUCUUAAGUGUGAAUCAAUACCAGCUUGUACGUCAGAAGAGCUAGUUUCAGGAGUGGCUUCUCCAUGUCCUAAAAUGAUUAGUGAUGAUAAUUGGUCAUUAUUAUCAUCUGAAAAAGGUCCAUCUCUGUCUUCGGGGCUUUCGUUGCCAGUUCAUCCUGAUGUGUUAGAUGAAAGUUGUAUGUUUGAAGUGUCUACUAACAUAGCUUUAAGUAAAGAUAACGUAUGUAGUUCAGAAAAGAGCAAGCCCUGUAUUUCUUCAAUACUUCUUGAAGAUCUAGCAGUCUCCUUAACAGUACCAUCACCUCUGAAGUCAGAUGGUCAUCUCAGUUUCUUAAAGCCCGAAGUUUUGUCUAGUUCAACUCCUGAAGAAGUUAUUAGUGCCCAUUUUAGUGAAGAUGCUUUACUUGAGGAAGAGGAUGCAUCUGAGCAAGAUAUCCAUUUAGCUCUGGAGUCUGAUAAUUCAAGCAGUAAAUCAAGUUGUUCUUCAUCAUGGACAAGCCGGUCUGUUGCUCCAGGCUUUCAGUACCACCCUAAUCUACCCAUGCAUGCUGUCAUAAUGGAAAAGUCCAAUGACCACUUCAUUGUGAAAAUACGACGUGCAGCACCUUCUAACCCCCCUGGUCUUAAACAGAAUAUGGUGGCUGAUGAGUCACUGGCGUCUUUGCCCAGAGUUGGAAAGGAAGCUGAUGAAGCAGCAGAGAAAGAAUAUAUUUCAUGUCAGAACAUCAUUUUAAAAUCUGUGGAGGAGUUGGAAAAUUCCAACAAAAAUGUCGAUAGCAGUAAAUCAAGUCAUGAAGAACAGAACUCAAUGAUACAAACACAGGUUCCUGAUAUAUAUGAAUUUCUUAAAGAUGCUUCAGGUGAGGUGGUUCACAGUGAUGAAGCAGCUGAUGAAUGUUUCAAGUUGCAUCAAGUAUGGGAACCAAAAGUCCCUGAAAGCAUUGAAGAAUUGCCUUCAAUGGAAGAAAUUCCACACUCUGUCAGGGACCAUCUUCCAAACACAUACAUAGACCUAACAAAAGAUCCAGUCACCGAGACCAAGAACUUGGGGGAAUUUGUAGAAGUAACGGUUUUAAAUAUUGAUCAGUUGGGAUGUCCUAGAGGCAAUUCAGAUCAAAAUGCUGAAAUAUUAGACAAUUCUUUGCAGUCUGAUACUGUAGAUGCUUUUAUUGAUUUGACACAAGAUGCUUCAAGUGAAAGUAAAAAUGAUGGUGAUGGUCCUGAGUUAGCUGUUGAAGGCUUGGAGUGUCAGGUGAUAUGUAUAGUUGAAGAUAAUUGUAAGGAAGAAAAGGUGCAAGUGGUAAACAAGUCUUUGGAAUGCAUUGUUGAGGAAACCUACAUCGAUUUGAUUACAGAAUCUCCCAGUUCAUGUGAUAUAAAAAAGGAUGAUUUAAAAUCAGAGCCCACAUCAAAUUCUGAUACUUCAGUGUUGUCUGGGACUUUGGAUAAUGCUCACAAAAAGAGGAAAAACCUUUCUGAUAUAAAUCAUUUUUCUCAGAAAAAACAAAGAAAGGAAACAGACUUAACCAUUAAGGAAAAGACCAAGAAACUUACCCAGGAUUCUGGUGAGAAUGGUGAUACUCAUCAAAAGAAAACCAAUAAGAAAAGGGCCCCUGCAGUGAAUAAAGAUCCUUCAUCAAAGACAAGCCUAGGAAUUAAGGAUUCAGCAGCAGCACUCGCCACUUCUCCUACAAUCCUUUCUGCAAAGAAUGUUAUUAAAAAGAAGGGAGAGAUUAUAGUUUCAUGGACAAGAAAUGAUGAUCGGGAAAUUUUAUUGGAAUGUCAGAAAAGAGGGCCAUCAUUAAAAACAUUUACAUAUUUAGCUCCCAAAUUGAAUAAAAAUCCAACUCAGGUCUCAGAAAGAUUCCAGCAGCUAAAGAAGCUCUUUGAAAAGUCAAAAUGCAGGUAG